AAAUGGGCGAAGAAAACCGUAACGAAAGAAACCACCACCAAGUCUUCAAGUAGUGCACAUUGGAAGAAGCUGGUUGGGUCGAUGCGCCCCCUGCGCCUGCCGGAAGCUGCCCUGUCGCCACCCCCGGCUUUAAAGGACAUCGAGGAAAUGAUCCCGCCGCCCGUCAUCGAGAGCAUUGAGGAAAUCAAGCCGGCCUCUCCGGAGGUUUCCUGCUCCGGUACCAUGAGCCAGUACGCAUCGGCCACGAGCCUCCGCGAUCUAGAUGUCAGUGAUGAUGAGGAAGGAGAAGAAGAUCCAGAUGAGGUGUUCGACGCAAUUACUGGAGAUGAAAUGAUCGACGCCAAGGCCGAGGAGUUCAUCGCUCAGUUUUACAGGCAGAUCCACCUCCAAAACACCAAAACUUCCGCCACUCAUCACCGUCACACGAGAAUUUAAGCAUGCAAUUGAAACAUACACAUACGUUACAUGCACAUAUACUGGUAACCUGAAAAUUCUUACAUCUUUCUUCUGUUCAUAUUAAAAAAAACAAAAAACAAAAAAAAAAUUAAAAAAAAAAAAAAAAACGUUUCCGUUCACAAUAAUCAUCUGCAUCUGCUUUUCGUACGUUGAUUAGGUUUAAAGAGAGUAAGAAAUGAAAGAUGGAUGUGAAUGAAAGGAAAGGGGCUGAUGUGGGAUUUUCAGAUGAAUGGACCGUACCCACUACGUGAUAAUCAAUUCAGCAUUAGAUGUGUUGGUGGUACUAAAUUUGAUCCCCGGGACCCCUCUUCAUAUCAAUUCUGUUUGUUUCAAUAAUAUUAGGAUGUUCGUCUCCUGUCUUUUUAUUUCUUCAUUUUAGUCUUGUUUCUUUCUUUCUAAUUUUGCUUUCCUAGGUUCAUUUCUUUUACAUUGCCCGUAGAGAUUUUGUUUUUGUUUUAGUUCGCAUCCUUUCAAAUAGAUAGAUUUUUGUUCUCUUGC